AUGGAUCCGAAUCCUUUUAAGGUCCACUCACACGCUUUAUCAUUGGCGUGGCCAUACUUGACACGGCGUGGCUAUGUUCGACGUGAUGUGGCCCUACGUUUAUCCAUGGCGUGGCCACUGCAAGUAUAUGAAUUGAAUCACUUACAGCGUGGGCACACGGUUGUGGCCACGCCAACGGAGAAGAAGCCAUUGAUAAUUGCACAUCGAGGUGCCAGUGGAUAUUUACCAGAACAUACUCUGCCAUCGAAAGCUAUGGGUAAUCAUGUAUACAGUUUAUCAUCUCUUUCUUUUGUUGACAUUGUCGUAUUAUUUCUAGCAUUUGGAUAUGACGUUGAUUACAUUGAACAAGAUGUCGCGUUGACGAAAGAUGAUGUGCCUCUGGUCAUUCACGAUAUUUAUCUCGACGAAGUGACAGAUGUAAAACAGAUCUAUCCGGAUCGGCAUCGUCCGAACGGAC